GGUUUGAUCUAUUUAAAUGUAGGCUAUUGUGUUUUGGAUUGGUUGGGAAGUGGGAACUGAAAAUCAGUCAAGUAAACCUAACUCAGCCUUAACUUAUGAUCUACCCCGAAUUCCGUCUUCUUAAAUCUUCCCCACACUACAAAUCAACCGUAUAAACUUCUCAUACAGACCUUCAAUAGGCAAACAAUGUCAGGAAAAGAAGUUCGAGAGUACACUAAUCUCCCCGACCCUAAAGACAAGAAGUGGGGGAAAAACAAGGACAAAAUAGAUGACGAGGAAAUUACUUUCCAGCGCAUGGUUGCCAAGAUGCAAGAUGUAGCUGGAGAACGUGGAGGCUAUCUCCAUGGACGGGGCGCCCUGGACAGUGAUGACUUGCUUUAUCUCAAGGAGCAGAUGGAAGCCGAGGAGGAUGCAGAACGCCUCUUGAGGCGCACUGAAAAACGUGCUUUUGCAGCAUUCAAAAAAAGCUGUAGCGGAUUCUUCACCAGCUACUUUACCCCUUCCACUUCGGGUUGAGCCAAAGGCAAAAAGUGGGAUCAGGCAACAAGAUUUACUGAAAAGGGUGAUUGAAGUCAAACCUAAACGGCAUCGAGUCUCUUCAACAACAUAUGCUUCUCCUAACAGGCUUGAUACAGAAUCCAAUAAAAAGCCAUCAGCUACACUGAAUAACGAUGAAGAAACAAGCAAAGGGAAGGCGGAAAACCCAGUUACCACCUUGUUAGCUGCAUAUGAGAGUUCAGAUGAAGAAGACUGAUUAGUCUGGUGUAUGAUGAGUCAUGUUUAAUCAGUGUAGAAGCAUCGCGCAUUAAAAUUAUUUAAACACUUUGGCUGACUUGUUUUUAACAGAGUUGGCAUAGUAAUUCAGUCUUAUGUUAUCAGUUUUCCCUUAGUCCGCCCUAAAUUUGUGUAUUUACAUUGAAGGGAAGAUAAUGCGCUGACGACUUCAACACAGAGACCCUGUUAUUUGUCAAUUAAAUGAUAAUGUAUAUUGACAAUUUAAGUUGUUAGCUUGUGAAUGGGAGAAGUCCAUAGUUUAUUACUUCAAUAUGUUCG